AUGGAGUUAGCUCACAGUUUACUGCUUAAUGAAGCAGCAUAUAGCCAGCUUGGUGAAUUUCAAAAAGCAGAGUUCAUUUUUGAGUGGUUACAGUUUUUGGAAAAACUUUUACCAGUGACUAGCAGAGCUGAUAUAAGAGAAAACCAGAAGAAACUGGUAGAACAAUUGACUUCUUUAUUAAACAGUUCGCCAGGACCUCCUACUAGACGGCUUGUUGCCAAGAAUUUAGCUGUACUUUAUAGCACUGGAGACACUUUUUCUGUUUACCAAACAAUUGACAAGUGCAAUGAACUCAUUCGGAGUAAAGAUGAUUCACCAAGUUAUCUGCCUACAAAGCUGUAA